UAAAACAUGCUGCUGUGGGUUAGGGUUGGCAGCCAUUUGCAUGCGACGGCGUUUCAUGAAGAUCAGUUAUAAUUAUUAAUCUCUCCUGUACUGUACCAUGGAACUAGAUUCUGAAGACAUAUUGAAUGAGGUUGAUGAACUGCUCAGCAAACUUGAUAAACUUCCAGAUGAUGUGCGGCUACAGGCCCUCAAGAAGCUUUCUCAAAAGGUGUCGGCUCCGAGGCUGCGUGGGGGAAGAGGAGGUCGAGGUAGAGGCCGAGGAGCAUGGAGACGCCCAGCAUCACCACUAUGUACAGAUACCAAAGUUCAGACUGUAAACAUCAAGAAAGAACCUGUCGAAGAAUUCACAGAGACUGACACUGAUCACUCGGGGACACAGACUGAAAUUAAUGAAGCAAAAUUAAGAAGAAUUGAGGAUGAAGCGCAAGAGAAGUUCCUAGGUAUCGAACAACAGGCUGGAGAAGAGGCAGCAGUUGUAAAGGAGGUAAAGGCUAAAACUGGGAAGAAGAAGAAGGGGAAAACAUCACCAGACAAUAUCAUAGUAUCAGGUCGGCGCCACACCAAGAAGGUCAACUACAGACAACUGGCAGAAUAUGGCCAUGGGAAUGAGAAUCAGGAAGAGGAGGAGACGACUCAAGCGGACAUCAAACCCCAAGCUGUUUUACCCCAAGUUAAGCGUGGUCGGGGUCGUCCUAGGAAGUAUCUCCCGGUGGUGCCAACAACUACCACGGCCAUGCAAUGCAGCUCUGGUACUCAGAUGGGUGAUAAGUGCACGACUAAUGCGAACGACGACAAAGAAAACCCCGGGAUGUCAGAAGAACAAGGUAAUGAACUUGACCUGUUGGAGAGCUGCCUGAAGGAGAGUGGCAUCAAGGCUGGGGAUGCUGACAGAGGAGGUAAGAAGACUAAUGAACAGCAGGAGAAAGUGGGAGAGAAUGAAGCUAAGGCAAGUGUACAUGUAACAGAGGAAGAGGAGGAAGAGGAUGAUCCGAAAACUGAAGUGCAGAAUGUGUAUGUGUGUGACACUGUCGAGGCUGUUGACAAGGUUCUAAAAAAGAAAAGCAUCAAAUCUCAGUACAAAUGUGACGAAUGUGGGAAAAUGUAUUCCACGAUGUCCAUAUUAAAAACACAUCAGAUUCGACAUAGAGAUAAAGCAGAUUUACCCUUCAAGUGUAAUGAAUGUGACUUUAGCGCAGCAUCGAAAAUUGAACUAUUUCGUCAUGCCUACAAGCACACGGAUAUUCAACUGUAUAUUUGUGAAAUUUGUGGCAAUACAUUCUCAAGAGAUACAAGCUUAAGGGAACACAUCGAGUAUGUUCAUGCCAAAACUCGUAUAUUAAAAUGUGCCCAGUGUAAUUUUGUGACUUAUCGCCGUUCCUGUAUGCGCAAUCACGUUCUAACCCACGAGGGAACACGACCAGUCAUUGCCUGUCCUGUGUGUGGAGUUACGUUUAGGUCAAAGAGAAACUUGAGGGCACAUCUUUUUUCUCAUGCUGGUGCUAAACCCUUUGCUUGUGAAGAGUGUGGUAAGAAAUUCAUCAUGAGGAAUCGUCUAGCGGCCCAUAAACUCCAAGUUCACGGCCCCAGAACACACAAAUGCUCUCACUGCAUCAAGCAUUUCCCCACUAUUCAUCACCUUCGUCGGCACAUCAGGAUUCACACGGGCGAGAAGCCAUACAAGUGUUGCUUCUGUGCCUUCUCUUGUAACACUCAAGGUAACCUCAUCAAACACAUCAGACAAGUUCAUGACAAGAUUAACUUCACUUAUAAGGAUUUCUUAAAAGAGAGCGGGAAGAAAUCUAGACGCACAAGUGGAGGAUGAAGACUUAGAGAAGAUGAAUAAAGAAGGAAGGGAGUUAGCACAAAGACUGUUACCCACCUUAGGAGAAUGGACAGGUCAGACACUCACUGUAGACCAACUCAGGGAGCAAGUGCAGCAGGAGAAAGACUCCAAAGCGGCAGCAAUACAAGAACAGCAGACCAGGAAGAAGAGAAGGGUGCUGAGGAAGUCAUCCAACAACGUCAAGUCCUCUACGUACUAUAGUGAAACAAGUAGAAAGAUAACACUGUACACUCUGGCAGGGGGGAAUGAAGACAGCACUACAAUAGACACCCCAAUGGACGAUCAAAUAUCAGUUGAACCUGGACCACUCAGUCUCGGGGAUAGCCAGUAUUUAUUGACUCACACGGAUGACAACGGCUGUGUCAUGAUCAUCCCCUGGGGUGUGUCAUUGAUUGGGGAAAGUGAAGAGGGGAGGAGGAAGGGAGUGGACUCAACCAGACUUACAAGGAGACAAGAUAGUAAAAAGUAGUAGUGCAUCCGAUGGUGUUGUGACUAUCAAAGUCCCAAAAGAUGAUAUUGACAUACCUAGAAUAGUACAGGACAAUAGUAUUUCAAAUCUCGAGUCUGCAUUAGAGUUAAGUACUACAAUUAAGACAGAAAAACCCAUAGGAGAUAUACACGUUUCUGAUGGCAUUAUAGAGGUGGGUAACCUGAGUGAUGUCGUGGGUGACCUUGACCCAGCGGACAUGAAAGAAAGUGCAAGACCCGACAUGGAUACUAAUAUGUUAUCAGAUAAAAGCUUUUGCAAACAACUCCCAGAAUCAAUACAGGUGAUUGCUUCCAAUGAACCUGUGGAUGAGACAGUUCCUAAUGCCUCAAAUUUUGUUUUACCAGAGGGUUAUAUUGUGGAUGAUGACGGCCAAGUUAUUCAGCUGACUGACAAUGUAAUAGAUGCCAACCUCCUCCUACGGCAAAUGGGACAGGUGGUAUCGGGGACAGACGCGCCAGAAGUCACGAUAAAUAAAAUUACAAGUAAUGUUUACUCACUGAUGAGUCAAGGCAGCGAUGGUCAAGAGGGAGAGACAUUUGUUAUUACCACCCAAGAAGGAGAAGAAGAAGAGGAAGAAACUGUUUCCACUCACUCCAGUGGUGAGGAGGAUCAGAAGUCUUCACUUGUUCUUAUAGUUAAUGCUGAUGAUAUAGAAAACUCCUGAUUUUUGCCUUAAAUAUCUUAGUGUUGUUUCUCACCUGUUCUUAGAUCAACUUUUUUUAAAGUUAACGUUAAAACCCUUUACAUAAAUUAGUUAUAUUUUUUAUACUGCAUAGAUUAAUGCUGUGUUGAGAAGGAAUUAAUCGUGAUCACUGUUUUACAGCCAUUGUCCAUUUUUCGUGGGUUUAGCCGUGUUUAUCUGAUGGCAGAGAACAAAAAUUAAAUACGUACAAGAAUCAAAUGAAAAAUCUUCGUUGAUGAGUUGUAAAUUUGAACUCAAGGGAAGAAUUGUAAUAAUCUAAAAUGCUUUGUUAGCCAGCCCAAAGUAAUACACAUUAACAUACAAAUUAUCACUUCUGAUGAGGCUGGAGAAAUGGUUCUGGACAAACUGUAAUGAUUUGAAGAUUUAGUAUUGAAAAGUGGUAAGAGGAAAUCAUUGUUACAGACCUAGACCACCCAGUCAUUCCCUCUGAGGAAAAAAAAAAACAUCCCCUGGACAUGGGAAAAGCUUAGUGAUCGCCAUGACUAGAAUUACUGUAUCCUCAAAUAACCUGAUGUGACGGAGAAAGUUUCAUAAAUGUACUUGGCCUUUGGUCUUUAUGAAGUAUGAAAAACUACUAUAAACAACAAACAAAUUGAAAAAAACAAUAAUUCACAUCAAUAUUCAUAAUUCUUGGCUACACUUCUUGUCUAUGCAACUUUGAACUUUUUUAUAAUUUUUAUUUUAUUUAUUUAUUUCAUUGUAGAAACAGACAGAAAUGCAUCUAAAAAUGAUAAAUAUUGAGGUUAUUAAUAGUUUUUUCACUUUAAAACUGUUUAUCUAGUUAUUGUAUAUCAGGAGAACCCCCACAUUACGACUAGUGCCAUGUCCCCACACUGACCAUCUCAUGCUAACAUCUUGAGUCGACAGUUUUGAGAGCAGCUGUAAUGGGGUGCCACUGUCCUAUAAAAAAAAUCGAUGACAAUUUUUUCCAGACAGUGAUUUCAUAUAUUACAGCCACCUGAUAAAUACUCCUGUACAGUAUAUUGAAGAGAGGCUAAUACUGUAGUUGUACUCAUUAAAUUUAGCAGUGAAAUUAUCUCCCUUUAGAAAAUCUUGGAUCUGUCCUUGUGGUACUGAGUUGAUAGUAUUUGCACUGAAUUCCUAGCUGUUUUUUCGUUUUAAUGACAAACAUAAUCAUCAUCAUCAUAUCACCACUUAUCAACUUACUAGCUGUUUGAGCAGUUGGUCUUUUCAUUAUUAUUUAAUUAUGACCUUCAUUGUCUACUGUUAGUACAGGAGGAAACUAGGUUAACAGUGGCAUAACUACUGUGCCCUGAAAAAAAUUUAGGGGUAAUAAUUUGUUACUGUAUUGCAAUUUGUAAGUUUUAGUGUGCGUGUGCAACUCGUACAGUACAUGUUCAUAUGUUUGUUUUGCAUAUUUUCAUAAUACAGUAAUACGUUGUCAUUCACUUGUCAGUACAGGGACCCCCACUCCGUCCAGAGGCAACAUUGUACACGGCUCUCACUCCAUUCUCUCGUUUUUACUUUCAUUGAUACCUUCACCCUUGAUUUAGGUGAGAUUUUAUGCGUAGUUGUCAGGGAAUUGUUUAUUAUUUCCACACGUUUUCCACUGUUCAUUGUUUCCAAGAGGCAGCACCAAUGUUUGUAGGAAAGGAAAGGUCAAAUAAGGGAAGCAUAAUGAAAGUUGAGAAAAGUGAAGGUAGGAAAGCUCAAAGCACAGUGAAGGUAUGGAAACAAAGUGAAGCUAGGGAAGCACAGUGAAGGUGGGGAAACAAAGUGAAGCUAGGGAAGCACAGUGAAGGUGGGGAAACAAAGUGAAGCUAGGGAAGCACAGUGAAGGUGGGGAAACCCAAUGAACGAAGGGAAGCAUAUUGAAGGUAGAGAAGCACAGUGAAGGUACAAAAGCACAAUGCAGGUAGGGAAAGUACAGUGAAGGUAGGGAAGCACACUUCUGAGGCAUGACCACAACCUACUGAAGUCUUUGCUUGGUGCCUGGGUGCUCCCUCAGUCACAAAUUAAGGCAAUUUCAAAGUUUUUGCCCCUGCUGAAAAAAUUCUUAGAAUCGCCACUGUAGGUUACCCUGAGAAAACUUAUGUUAAGUGGUAGGGUUACACUGGUUAACACUUCUCACAUCUGACUUAUGGAUAUGAACCUGCAAAUGCACUUGUAAGAGGCAAUUGCACUCCCACUGUACCAUCAACACAGCCUUAAUGCAAGGAAUAAGAUGACUUGAGGAGAAUUUAUUCAUACUACAUGUAUAAUGAAGCAGGUCAUUGUGUUCACAGGGUUUUGACAUUGCACUCAAGGGAAUGAGUCACUUUACAAAAGGGAUUAAGACAUCAUACUCAAGGAGUCAUGUUCCUCAGUGGGCUAAUUCUGCAUUCAGGUGGUUGACACAGAACCCAAUGAGUUGAUAUUUUCAUAACAUUACAUUGCCAAUAUUGUAGCUCUCUAAAUCUAGUCUGUUGAUUUUUUAUCCUUUCAUUAGAAUUUCUUGUUCAUACACCAACUGUUUUAACUUUAUAUCUCCUCUUUGUGUACAAUAUAAUUAUUUUAAUGAACUAAGUUUGAUGAAAUACAACAUAGAAUUGUACUGUAACUUCUAGUCUUAUCAAGAAAAGAAUAGUAUAAUAAAUUCUGAUGA